CGUCGUGCCAGCACUGAAGACAAACCAGGAGGGACUGAAGAAAGUCCUCGAUGAUUUGGUGAAGCAGUACAAAAACAAGCAGGAUGAAUUAGAUAAGUGGAAGAAGAAGAACAAUGUUCAGGUAGUACAGCAGUGAAGUACACAAGAGACUAUGUCAUCUAAUAGGAGAAAAAAAUUGGAAAAACUUUUCGUGGCCAAGCAAGAGCCCAACCAUUUCACGAAGCGGCUGAAUACGUGGAUUCUGCCGUCCAUCCUCAGUUGCGAAUGCACCUCUAUCUGUUUCAUUUUGCUUUCCUCGUCAGCAUACAGCUGCCUAUGCCACACCAUCCAGCUCUACGUGGCCAUGCCCCUGAACGACGCAGAAACAGUGCCUUGGCAUUCAAAUGGUCCUUGAGGCCUGGUUGUUCAGCCGCUCGGAAUUCAUCCUUCUGCUGAUGGUGCCUCAGAGCCCAACUGCAUGCAGCCUCC